AGUUUUGGGAGGUUAAGAAAACGAGAAAAAAAUGGCGGAAACAGCAGAAACUAUAUAAAAGCAGAUGACUUUCAAGUGAAAAUCCAGAUCAAUUCGAUCAGCUAUUGUUCAAUUCCACGAUGUCGAAGCCGGAGAAACCUAAAUCCAAUUCAGCGAGUCUUCCGCCAUCAUUCGGGUCGAAUUCUUCCAAAAUUCACCCGGCAAACGACCCGGAAGGUCCUCCCGACCCGAAUUCAUACUCAUUGGAGAAAUUUCGCCUCUAUGAGACUAGAGCUAGGUUUUAUUUGAUUGGAAGUGAUAGGAAUGAGAGGUUCUUUCGGGUGUUAAAAAUCGAUAGAAUGGAGCCUUCUGAUUUGAAUAUCAGUGAAGAUCCUGUGGUUUAUCCUCCACAAGAAGUCAAGAGCUUGCUCCAGCGGAUUGGAGAGGGCAAUCGUGCCACUGGAGGGUUAACUUUAGUUGCCAAGGUGUAUGGCAUUGUCGGUUGCAUUAAGUUCCUGGAGUCAUACUACCUGAUACUGGUGACAAAGCGACGACAAAUUGGAUCCAUAUGCGGUCAUGCGAUAUAUAGUAUAGACGAGAGUCAAAUAAUCACUGUUCCGCAUGUUUCAGUUCAAACAGAUGUUGCACAUUCUAAAACUGAACAGCGGUACAAGAAACUUUUACAAAGUGUGGACUUGACAAAUGAUUUCUUCUAUAGCUAUACAUAUCCUAUAAUGCAAAGUUUACAAAAAAAUGUGUUAUCAGUUGGUGAGGAAGGAAUGCCAUAUGAUAACAUGUUUGUUUGGAAUGCUUUUCUAACUCAAGCAAUACGGUCAAGGUGCAACAACACCAUUUGGACAAUAGCUCUUGUACAUGGGAAUUUUAAGCAGGUCAGGCUAUCAAUUUUUGGAAGAGACUUUAGUGUUACUCUGGUGUCCAGACGCUCUCGCCAUUUUGCUGGGACGCGUUAUUUAAAGCGAGGAGUUAAUGAUCAUGGACGGGUAGCCAAUGAUGUUGAAACAGAACAAGUUGUACUUGAUGAAGAAGCUGGGUCGUGCAAAGGGAAAAUGAGUUCUGUUGUACAGAUGAGGGGCUCUAUUCCUCUUUUCUGGUCACAAGAGGCUUCAAGAUUUAGUCCCAAGCCUGAUAUCAUAUUGCAAAGAUAUGAUCCUACAUAUGAAGCAACUAAACUGCAUUUUGAAGACUUGGCAAGGAGAUACGGAAAUCCAAUAAUUGUUCUUAAUCUGAUUAAGACAGUUGAGAAAAGACCCCGAGAAAUGAUGCUAAGGCGUGAGUUUGCUAAUGCAGUGGGCUAUCUAAAUCAGAUUCUUAUAGAAGAAAAUCAACUUAAAUUUAUCCAUUGGGACUUCCACAAGUUCGCAAAGACCAAGUCUGCCAAUGUCUUGGCAGUUUUGGGUGCAGUUGCAAGUGAAGCACUCGACUUAACUGGAUUCUAUUACAGUGGAAAACCUUCGGUCACAAAAAAGAGGACCAUUCAACUCUCUCGAACUAGCACUGCUAGAGAGUCAUCUCUUAGAGAUCUAAGAGCUAAUUCUAGUGAUAUUUCAAGGGUUAGUGGUGCCUCCGAUGCCUUAGCUAAGCAAGAUAAGGAGUCUGAAAGUAAUCAACUUAAUAGGAACAAAAUUGAUGGUAAAGCAGCACCACAGUUUCAAAGUGGAGUUCUGCGUACAAACUGCAUUGACUGCUUGGAUCGGACAAAUGUUGCCCAAUAUGCUUAUGGUUUAGCAGCUCUGGGUCGCCAACUUCAUGCAUUAGGUUUGGCAGACAAUCCAAAGAUCGAUGCUGAUAGCAGCAUUGCUGCUGCUCUCAUGGAUAUGUACCAGAGCAUGGGUGAUGCCUUAGCGCAGCAAUAUGGUGGCUCAGCAGCACAUAAUACAGUAUUCCCAGAGAGGCAGGGGAAAUGGAAAGCUACAACGCAGUCUAGGGAAUUCUUGAAGUCUAUAAAACGAUACUACAGUAACGCUUACACUGAUGGUGAAAAGCAGGAUGCAAUAAAUUUAUUCUUGGGUUACUUCCAGCCCCAAGAAGGAAAGCCCGCCCUGUGGGAGUUGGAUUCUGAUUAUUACCUUCACGUGUCUGGGAUCGGUGAUGAUCUUAUGCCUGAAAGUACAAUCGAUGAUGCCAAGCCAUCAGUACCACGAACUCCUUUGGCCCCAGUUCCUGCUUGUCGAGAGGAUUUCUCACGUAUGAAGUUGACAUCAUUCGAUAAAUUGAUAGAAAGAACAUGUAGCUAUAUUAAGGAUGUGCGGCUUUGCAGCGAGCUAGAUCAAAAAUCAGGAAACGUUGGCGUCGCACCUGAUGCAGCCGAAAUACAGCUAAAAAGUCCAAACUGGCUUUUUGGUCAGAGGAAAUACGAAGAAAGUAGCUCUGCACCAAAGGUGACUUCCAACGAAUCUUCAAGCAAUGGGGCUCAUGAAGAGAUGAAAACUGUUAACUUAUACGACCUUAAUUUACUAUCUCCGAAAGUUGAAAGCAAUGAAGAAGAUGUCUUCCAGCAAUACAUGGCGAUGACAACAGUUGACGAGGCUAGUGGUUGGUACGGAGGCUCAUUACUGGGUGAUCAAGACGAAAGCAGCGAGACUUAUCAGCACUAUGCCGAACUUAUUCAGGGCCCUGCAAUGGAGCCCUUCGAGAACGAUCUCGAGAAAGAGAAAUACUAUGGCGAUCUUCUUCGUGUGAACAUGGUCGACUGCAUGGACGAUGGCGAUACUGCUAUUGAGGAAGACAUGGAAGCUGCUCUCAACGGGUGCGACCGAGUCAGCGCUGAUCUCGGGGUUUUCCCCAAGUCGUGCAGCGCCCUCGUUGCGGAUCCUAGCCAGUUGACGCGGUGGAUCAUAGGAGAAGACCGGCUGCAAAAGCUUUGAAAGGCAGCCUACAAGGAAGACUGGUUUUCAGAUUAAAAUCAUGUAAGCUGCUUAUAUACAAACAUAUUUUUAUUUGCAUAAUCAUACAUGUGCUAAUCGUUGCUGUGUGUGGAAGAUUGUGAAACAGUGUGUAUAUAAAUAUUUUUAAAUUUUUUAUCGUAA